UCACACUUCUCUUUAUUUGUUUACCAAAUUCUCUAUCGUUUCCCAACAUGAGCCAAAAUGAGGAUAGUAACACGGAAGGAAGAGGUUCGACCAUUGAGUCUAUAAUAGACCAAAUGUUUAGCCGACUCCGCAUCAUCGCCGUGGAUGUGGAGAAGUUGCAGAAGGCCAAGGAGAAGCUCGGAAACAUUCAGCGACGGACCACUUUUUAUCACCUUUUGGGCCCGGAAGAUGAUGGCAGCAUUUUCCGCCACGAAAGUGAAAUUAACGCCUUCCGCUCCAAGAUCUCUUUGGCCUCGGGCUUCAACCAGAAAUUUGAAACGGGCUCGGACGAGGAACUCGACUUCGAGGAAUUGAGCGAGGAUCUGUGCCAAAUUCCGUUUGAGGAGGAUCGCUGGCAUGCCUUUUUCAAAGGCUUCCAGAUACUAACCUCUCCACAAGCCCCCGAUCCCAACGAGAACCGGAAAUGUGUGGAACUUAGGGCAAAUAUGACUUGCGAAAAUGAGAUCAAAAGUUAUCUGCUUAACGGAGCCCGUUGCUUCAUGGUCAAUCUUUUCGUGGGCACCCAACAUGAUAACCAGAACCUGAUCGUAAAGCUGCGUGAGGCGGAGAUCAGUGUUUCCAAGGAGCUGGGCUUUCCGGUGGCGUCCUCAGUCAUGGUGAGGAUUUCACCGCGCCACCAGUUCACCGGUGGUAUCAACCCUUUGUUGACCCAGGAUGGCCAGGACAAGGCAAGUGUCGAAUUGGUGGAGGGCCAAAAGUUAGUUCUGACCGUGGAUCGGGAGUACUCCAAACGAUGCAGCUCGGAGGUUAUAUAUGUGAACGCUCGCUUUUUGUUAGUUGAUGUGAAGCAUUUGGACUUCAUUCUCAUUGGCGAGGAUAUCCAGCUGGUUGUGCGGAGCAUCCACUCUGACCACCUCAACUGCUGCGUGGCUAAGGGCGGGAUGCUCUACUCCUACAUGCCCGUCCUCUUUCCGGCAAGGUGCCGUCGUUUCCGGGUCUCGUACGAGGAGUUGGAGGACCUGACUUUCGCCAGAGAGGUGGGCUUGAAUGUGGUUGUGUCUCAUAUUGUAGGCACCCCAAAGUACCUGGACGAUUUGGAGCAGGCGAUGGCCGCGAUGCACUGCGAUGGCAUGCGGCUGUAUGCCAGAGUGGUUCUCAACGAGAUCAUAGGCUGCAAGGGGGAGCUGAACUGGGCCACCAAGCGCUACGAUGGGUUCCUAGUGGAACUGGCCAAGCCUGCGGUGGUCCCGGACAUCAUGCACCUAUGUCCCGACGCUGAGUGCUUUAUGCAACUAGCUUACGCUUCGAAGAAACCCAUUAUCUUUGAUCCGCGGCUUAUAGACGAACAAAAGCUUAGGGUGGACCCGGCUCACUAUUACUACACGUUCUACUAUCCGGACAAGUACGUGAUGUCCUGCCCACGUGACAAAAGCACCAUCUACUUCCGCUUCCUGCAAAACGCCAUCUUCCAGCAGAUCUGCCCGGUAGCGCUGGAGCGUACUCCUUAUUGUGAUCGUUCCCACACGGGAGCGGAUAGCCUCGCGAGGGCCGUAGUAACGGCCUCAAUGGAGGUUCAUGCAGUGUCUAUCGUUGUGAUCGGUGUCACCACCAGGAUGGUGCAGAAGAUCGCUCACUUUCGGCCGCAGACUCCUAUCCUUUUCAUCAGCCAUAUGCGAUCAGUCGAGGAUUACGUAUCGAUGUACCACAACGUCACAAUGCUCCCAUUCCGCUCCACCUGUCUUAUGUCGCACCAGAAAAACGUCUACCGGAAAGCACUCUACGCUAUGGCCUACUUAGUCAAGCGUAAGAUUGCCCAGCAAAACGAUCCGGUGAUCUUGGUGUACAACUAUGAAGAUGGCACAAAGUUCCCCGAAAAGUACAUAAUCUACAAGCUAGACAAGAAUCACUUUGCUGACCACUUGGCUGAGACUCUCUUCACUGUGGGCCGCGAGCAGAAGGUAAAGACUUUCAACGAUUCGGAGACCAAUUAGAUUUCAUAUACAUACUAUGUGUGUAGAUUAUUUAUUUGGUUUGGUGAGUAAUCGGAAUGUUAUUGUGUUGGCUUAAAAUAUACAAAACAGAUACAUACAUAAAUAUAGAUACACAUUUCCUACAA